AUGAGCAUUCUUUCCAAAAAAGACUUUCAUCAACGUCUGGAGGGCACCAAAGCUACCUCCGGAUGGGAUCUGCUGGUCUCCUACGAUGAGGAACAUCUCAAUCGCGCGCUCGCAAAGAAAUGGAAAAGGACAAACAAGGGCUCUGGAGUCAAGUUUAACCUUCGUUCGCAACCGGUGCAGACCAUACAGAUUGAUCAGGAGUUUGAUAUAACCCUCUCGCCCCCUACAUUGAAGUUUUCCACCUCGAGUAAGAAUGCCUUAUUGGGGAUGGUGCUGAAUGGCUCCUAUACCACGACAGUGACUGUGUCUGGUCAGAAACAGCCUCCGGAGACGAAGACUCUCCCCAUGAAUGCGUACCGCCUCGAAGUUGCGCUGCCAAUCAGUGCCGUCAGUGGAGAUGGAAAGGUUUCUCCGGGGGACAAAGUGAUCCAUUUUGACCAGACGGAAAAACAUUACUCUCUGAUAUUUCAUUUCAAAAACACCGAGGCGAAGUGGCAUCUGACCAAGAAUGAUACCGAGAAACAUGAUCUGGACGACACCAUGAAGACGGCCCUGACUCAAAUCCAAGCCUGGUUUACCAGCAAGGAUGAUAUCCAUUGGAUUGACGUUAGUGUGGCUCAACUCAGCAACAAAGCCAACCCAAAUUCCGACACCGACACCCUCCUUCCUCGCUCCUUCGUCCUAUCGUGUCAAGCAGGCUAUCUGUUUGUCUUCAUAGCCACCAAAAAUCCACCGGGAAGAGAAGACCCCCAGUUUGGCCACAAAGGUUCCGAAACCAUGGCCCCUGUUCCAUCUGGAUUCACUUCCAGCAUCAUCAUUGGACAUAAACUCUUCACGGAGUUUAUGAAAGAUGAGUUGAAGAAAUCCUACACGGGAUCACUCAAGGAAAUCACAGAAAAGGAAACUAGUUCCGGGAUCCAACUAUCGCUUGCCAUGACUGAUAGCCAAUCCUGGAAUUUGAAUACUCCAAUUGGCAUCACCACAUACGACGUUGACAAAGUUGCUGUUGACUAUACCAAAUACCCCAUUACACUACACGUCAAGGAUGAUAAAUCGUUAGCAUCCAGCGUAUCUCUUACCUGGACCGCGGAGACAAAGGUCCAGUGGUAUUCGUGCCAUAAGAUUGAUCCUGCGACCUACACGUACGGACAGGUCGCGAUAACGUCGGAUUGGACCAGUCCCCCCAAAGGAUUUGCUCAUAUUGCUGGAGACGAAUUGCAGAUAGGAAUCGAUGUUCCCAAGACGGAGCUGCCCUCCAUGUCGUUCAAAGGUGAGAAGGUUGAUCAAUGGUGGAAUCAGUACAAGGGAGUCACAGAAGUUCCCAAAUUUUUCAAGGAACAGGUACAGUUCACGUUGCCAUCUAAUCUUUCAUGUCAAUUUAAAGGGUUGAAUUUCUUUUCGGCCCAGAAUGUGUUUGUGCCCGGGGUCCGGUUCAUUCAGGCUACGGAGCAGAUGGUGCCGCAUGAUGUCGUGCUUUUGGGGACAAUGCCUGAGGUGGAGUGA